AAAAUUCUGCGGGCCUUUAAGAUGGCAGCCUCCUGUCGUAAUGCGUGUUUUUACCAUGUGCGCUUGUUUUGAUUGAUCAUGUCAAAGUUCUCUCAGUAGUAAUGUCGCGAAUAAUCGUCAAAAACCUCCCCAAAAGGGUGAAAGAAGACAGGCUGCGGGAGUUUUUCUCCAGCAAGGGUACCAUCACAGACCUCCAGCUGAAGUACACGAAAGAGGGUGUCUUUCGCCGGUUUGCUUUCGUGGGUUACAAGGAUGAAGCUCAAGCGGCCGUCGCGAAGGAAUAUUUUCACAACGCGUACCUCGACACUUCAAAGUUGCAGGUGGACAUCUGCAAGGCACUCGGCGAUGCAGAGAAACCUCGUGCUUGGAGCAAGUACUCCAAGGACAGUUCUGCUUACCAGAAGAUGCAUCCCGAAGAGAAGAAGCCAAAGCCACCAAAGCCCGAGAAACCCAAGAAGGAGAACUUUGCGGAAGCCUUCCUGAAAGAUCUGGAAGGGAAUGAGGAGUUUGAAGAGUUUCUGGAAGUGCACAGUGCCAACAAGGCUGCCUGGGGCAACGACACCAGAGCGCCUGCCAACGCAACUGUUGCCAAGAGCAAAAAAGGAGGCAGUGACCGAGAAAAGAACAACGAGCAAGAGGCAGCCCUUAAAGACGACACAGGUCCACAUUCCAGAGACAAAAAGACUGAAGGCACAUCACCAGAGAAGGCUAGUCAAGGACAGCCCAAAGAGAGUGAUAUCCAGAGGGAUACAAAGUCUAAGCUGCCAGUGCAGGAGUUCAACUUUUCUCUCAAAGUCAGUGGUCUUCCCUACAAGUGCAAAAAGAAGCAAAUCAAAGACUUCUUUAAACCUGUCAAAGUGGCGAGUCUGAGGGUUCCACCCAGAAUUAAAGGUAUUGCAUAUUUAGGUUUCAAAACAGAAAAAGAAAUGAAGCAAGCUCUCAACAAGCACCGGAGCUUCAUGGCUGGUCACAAGUUGGAGGUGACGAAGUACACCAAGAAAGUGGUCCCUGAGCAGAAGUGGAGAAAGUUUGAAAGCUUGGGAGAUCCAACAGAAACACUGGCAGAUACUGGUCGUAUUUUUGUUCGGAACCUGUCCUACACUGUCACGGAAGACGACAUCGAGGCACUCUUCAAAAAGUUUGGUCCAAUAUCAGAGGUGCAUCUGUCCAUCGACAAGAUCACACGGAAGCCAAAGGGCUUUGCCUUCGUCUCCUUCAUGUUUCCUGAGCACGCCAUCAAAGCAUUCUCUGAAUUGGAUGGAAAGCUGCUUCAGGGAAGGUUGCUCCACCUCAUUCCAGCAAAGGCAAAGAACUCUGAAGAAGAGGAUGCACAGAAGCCCAUGUCUUUCAAGGACAAGAAAGAGGCAGAGCAGAAGAAGUCUAGUGGCAGUGGGCACAAUUGGAACACCUUGUUUCUGGGAGCCAAUGCCCUGGCAGAUGUGAUGGCUGAACGUUACGACACCAGCAAACAGGAACUCCUCGGAACCGAGAUGGGGGACAGUGUGGCCGUGCGCAUGGCCUUGGGCGAGACACAGGUGGUGACAGAGACCAAGGAGUUUCUGCAGGGGCAGGGCGUGGAGCUUGACGCCUUCUGCCGCCCGGCCACAGAGCGCAGCAAGACGGUCAUCCUGGUCAAAAACCUCCCGGCCAAGACGCAUCCUAACGAGAUACAGGACGCCUUUGCUAAGUUUGGCACCCUGAGCAGGGUGGUGCUUCCUCCCUGGGGCAUCUGUGCCCUGGUGGAAUUCCAAGAGCCCUCGGAAGCACGGACGGCCUUUCGACGCCUCGCAUACUCCAAGUUCAAGCAUGUACCACUGUACUUGGAAUGGGCCCCCAUUGGAGUGUUCAAGGAAAAGAAGACCGUUCCAAAGCCGACUUUGGAAGAUGUUACGAAGGAGGAGCCCACAAAGGCAUCUGAAGAUGGAAAAAAAGAAGCAGAAAAGGCAGAGAGACAGGAAGAGGAAGAGGAGGAAGAGGAGCCCCCCGAGCCGGACACGACACUGUUUGUGAAGAACCUCAACUUUAGCACCACGGAAGAAGCUCUCAGAGAGCACUUCGCUGGUUGCGGUCCUAUUCAUGAAGUGACGAUUGCCAAGAAGAAAGAUCUCAAGAAUCCUGGCAAGAUGCUGUCAAUGGGCUAUGGCUUCGUGCAGUUCAAGCUCAAGCAAUCGGCCAAGAAGGCCUUGAAACAGCUUCAGCAUUCAAAGCUUGAUGAACAUGCCGUGGAACUCAAGCUAUCCAAAAGGGAGACCGCUCAGCAGACGGCUGCCGAACUCAAAAGGAAGAAGACGGAUCUAGGAAAGGAGAGCACUAAGAUCCUUGUGAGAAACAUUCCCUUCGAGGCCACCAAGAAGGAACUGCAGGAACUGUUCAGUGUAUUCGGUACACUGAGGGACAUCCGACUGCCCAAGAAGAUGGCCGGUACGGGGAGGCAUCGUGGCUUUGCAUUUGUCGACUUCCUCACCAAGAACGACGCAAAGCGUGCCUUCCAGGCGCUGUGCCAGAGCACCCACCUGUACGGGCGUCGGCUGGUCCUGGAGUGGGCCUCUUCCGACGACCAGGAGGUGGACACGCUGCGCAAGAAGACAGCCGACCACUUUCUGCAGGGAGGACCCACUAAGAAGAGGCUGAGGAAGUCGGAUUUGAUGGCGUCGCUGGAGGGGCCGGCUGCAGGGGCCGAUCCAGACCUCUGAGCGCCCUCACACGGUUUGGCUCGAGGUGACUUGUCGUCUGCCUGGACAAGCUCAGCAGCUUGAAGACAUCUGCGGCUUCCACUGUUUUUAAUAAAUGACCGAAUAAGUUGUGACUA